GGACGUGUCGUGCGUCUAGUCUAGAUACGGUCAGGUGCGGUCGCAGUUUUUUUUUUUUUCCCAAGAUCGUGUGAUAUGCUGUAUUGCCGCGGGUUCGGCGAUUUUCGUCUCGGGUGUUUUUGCGACAACGUGAGUAUCCUCGUGCGCCGUACGCCGUGCUGAUCGAUGCGGCGCGUCGUCCGUGUUGCGUCAGGCUUGGAGGUCUUCCAUCGAAAUUUCGUGACACGUUUACGAUGUAGACGUCGUCCGACGGAUUCGCGAUAGCGGUGACGCGCAUAAGGGGCGAGAGAAUCAGAUCCGAAGAUAGACGUUUCAUACUUGUGCGGAUAAGAACACGUGCCUGGGAAACGAAAGACGCCGACGACAACCUCGCGGAAGAGAGACCGUGCGAAGGAAGAUUAAAAGCGCCGCUAGACGCGUUCUUCUUCAGUUUCGUCGAGAGAGAAACUCCGAAACACACUUUUCCCGUGUCGUUGCAAUCUUGCUCUGGUGUUCUUUGGUUCUCUUUUUACGUUACGCACGUAUAUACCUCGUCGCACCAGCCGGUGUCUUCGGAUUUUCAAAUUCGUAUGUGAUCGAUGUAGAUACAAGUACACGCACGAGGGUGCAACGAGCAACAGCGACAAGUAAUAAGCGAACACAACCGUUGCCAGCAUUGACGGUUGGUUGUGUGUGCGGCAUGUCUAAAGAAACUCUCUUCCUAAAUAUGUUCGCACUAUCGCAAAGAAGAUAAUUUUAUUUUGUUUCUUGUCCGGUUUCAUCUUGUUUUGUAACUUCUGUCUCUAAAGAUUUUUGUUGACUCUGUCUUUCUUUCUACAACAUUGAUAAGAUAAUAAACAUCCGAUAAAUAUCCGAUUAAUUAUCGCGAGGUCUGUAAUGAAAAUUAGACGAGGUACAUGCAGUUGAAUUGUAUGCUGAUUUAAUAGUCCCAGAUAAAAAAGAAAGGAGUUCGUGGACGUACGACGGAAUUGACCAAUUUAUACUUUCGAAUACCAAUGACGAUUUAAUAACCGUUUUCGCGACAACCGGAUUUCUACAAUUCUUCCAACCAUGCCGAUGGUACUCUUAGAAGGAUUACCCGUUCCGACUCUUCGGUUGUACACCGCCAUAAGUUUCGCCGUACUGUCCUGUUCCAUAUAUUAUGCGUCUCAGAUAAUCAAGGAUCCGGCUUGGAAAGCGAAUAACACGCACGUCGAUAUAGGCCCCGUAAUCGACGGUGUGACCGACGUUAUACCUUACGACGGAGCCUAUACGACUGAUCCCAGAAGUUACGGCACAUUUCUUAAAGAACUUCUCGAAUGUAUGGCAACCGAACCUGUUUGCAUCUGGACUUUGGUCAACAUGGUUUAUUGUGUGCUGAUUCAUCUUGCAAAAUUUAUCCAAAAACUUGUGUUUGGUGAACUACGUGCUUUAGAGCGACAGCAUUUGAAAGACAAGUUCUGGAAUUUUAUCUUUUACAAAUUCAUUUUUGUCUUCGGCGUGUUGAAUGUGCAAUACAUGGACGAAGUUGUACUCUGGUUGGCAUGGUUUACACUACUUGGCUUUCUGAGCCUUCUUAGCCAAUUAUGCAAAGAUAGAUUUGAAUAUCUUUCCUUUUCACCUACUAUACCAGGAUGGAGCCAUGCACGACUUUUCGCACUAUUGAUGACAAUUCUUUUGCUCUCCGUUUUCAUGAUUUUAUUGUGUAUUGUUGGAGUUUGCUUCUUCAUAUCUUUCCAUACUUUUGCCUUUAUGAUAGCUGAGUGUAUUUUACUCGCAGUCCGCACUGGCCACGUAAUGAUACGCUAUUUGAUUCAUCUGUAUGACACACGUGGCGCCGGAACUUCGACGCGACGCUCUUGGGACAAACGCGGUGCUAUGGUUUAUUACGCGGAUUUGAUUUCAGAAGUGAGUGUGCUGGUAGUUGACUUUUUUCAUCACGUUCACAUGCUUCUAUGGAGCAACGUCUAUCUGAGCAUGGCGGCACUAGUGAUUUUUAUGCAAUUAAGAUAUCUGUUCUACGAGAUACAACGGAAAAUUACAAAGCACAGGAACUAUUUAGCUGUACUGAAUCAUAUGGAGCAAAAUUAUCCAAUGGCGUCAGGAGAGGAGUUAGCCGAAAACUCUGAUAACUGUGCGAUAUGUUGGGAGAAAAUGGAAACCGCUCGUAAAUUACCGUGUGAACACUUCUUUCACAAUUCGUGCUUGCAAUCCUGGUUGGAACAGGACACAUCAUGUCCUACUUGCCGAUUGACUUUAAGCAUGCAAGCGAGUCACAGAGAGAACGCACCGGAGAUACCACCCGAACAACAAACUCCUACUCGAAGCAACGGUCAUUUCUUCCUAUUUCUCGACGGAUCGAGAUACGUGUCUUGGUUACCCAGUUUUUCUGUCGAAGUCUCGAGUAACGCUCGAGGCCUACAUGGUAACAUUACUACCUUGGCACACACCAAUUCUCAGAUGAAUGCUAUGGCAAGACAGGUUCAACAACUUUUUCCUCAUUAUCCUCGCAAUAUAAUCUUAGAAGAUCUUAGAACAACCCGAUCAGUUGAAUGGACAAUUGAGAAUAUACUCGAUGGGGUAUUAACAAUACCACAUCGCUUAGUCGAAGAGCUACAAGCAGAAUCCGUCCAAACGCAAACUAAUGUGGCGAAUAAUAUGCCCAGCUCCUCAGUUCAAAAUUCAGAUCCUAUACUUGAUAUUCCAGCCGACAGCGGAGAAGAACCUUCAAGUUUCAGUGGACGUUUCUCAAAAUCAUCCGCCGAGAGAGAGCUUAUACUUCAGCGACGGAAGGAACAUCUGCGAUUAACAGCGCGCAGAAAAUAUUUGGAAAAGCAUUGGAAAUCUGAGAACGAUUCAAAUUCACAGCUAACUAAUACUGAAAAUACUACGUCCUAGAUGUAAGCAGACGUAAGAGACGUAUUAAUAUGAUUUCAAAUUUAGAUCAGAGAGCCUCACAGCUAACGCGAAAGAGACGUUGGUUUUGUUGUUUUUCUUUUUGUUUUUUGUGUUUGAGACAAGAUUGUGGACAACUUACUCUCCUUGCUGAUGACUGAUCAUUAAAUACAGCAAGAGUAUAUCGAUCUCUUUGUGUAUUUAAUAGCGAUCUUAAAUACUCCAGAAAAAUUGGUAAUUUAUUGAAGUUACAGUCAAGAGACGAUAGUAAUUUUGCUAAGAAUAUCGAGAGGUUGUGAAUGAUAUACUCAUAAAUGAUUAUUAACAUUUGAGUUAGCUAUUCGAUGCCAAGAGUAGAAGAGUAACAAAUGAGCCGACUGAAUUACAAAAGAAAACGAAGUCAUAAUCUUUACCUAAAAUCUUACUUAAAUAGAUAUAUAUAACACACUCUAAUGAAAUAACAUUGAAAUGAGUCAAGGCUUUAAAAUACAAAAUGAGAUAACAAGAAAAGGAGAGCCGAGAAGAGCCGAGAAGAGCAAAAGUUGACGCGUAAAAAUAUAUCGAUUUAUAUAUAUAAAACGCAUAUGUUUUGACAUUAUUCAUCAAAAUGUGUGACAAAUUGAAAACAUCCCACCUAAUAUUAAAUAAGUCCGUAUAUUUUUUGUUUACGCCAACAUCUGCUGCGUUGGCUCUUAUCGACACAUUGAUAAAAUUUAUCGAUCAAAUUUAUCGAAUGUCUAUGUGAUGAUGCGCGAAAUGUGUACUUGAAAAAUGGUUCGAAGAUACAGUCAUCGGUCUUUUGAACAAAGUCUGUAUAAAUUGUCGUCCACUCUCUAACAAGUAAAUUAUUUAUUUUAGAGCAUUUUAUUGUUUUGUACCAUAUCUUUGUAACCUGUAAAACGAUUAUUUUACAAAAUACGGAAUAAAUUAUUUUUCUUUAAGUUGAUCUAAAUUUAAAAGACUUUGUUUUCAUUAAAUAUUUACAAUCUGCGAAUAAAUGAAAGUAUUUUUUUUUUUUUUUGACUAAUUAUACCAAGAUCAUUUUUUGUUCUACGUAUCUUUAGUGCCAUAAAUUAAUUAAAAGUGACACGUGCCAAUUCACAAGCGUGGAUUCAGUUAUGCUCCUCAGAGCUUUAAUAGCUGUUUAAUAACCAAUGUGGAAUGUUUAAUGAUAUAAUAUAUAAAAGAUUCUUGGUUCUGAAAUAUCACAUUUUAUGUUUAUCAGAGACAUGCUUAUACACUACGAACAAAUAAGAGAUAAAACAUUUCCCUUAAUCUGUCAAAUAUUUCGAGAAAAAUAUACUUAUUUCUUUGUGUUUUAAAUGUAUAUUUACUCUGAGUUAAAGUUUCUCACACUAGUUCUUGAACUUUAGGUUAACUAUAUAUUGUAUAAAAUAAGCGAAGUUGUUUCGCACAAAUGCAAAAAUUAUAUAGUAACAGUGUAAAUCUUGUAUAAAACUUAGUUUCAUACGUAAUAAACGGAAUUCGGAAAUUUGUUUGACAUUUAUCGAGAAUUUGUUUAUUCACAAAAUGUGAUAUUUAACAAGUUUAUUUUACGACAUAUUUGAAGUGUAUAGAAAAUAAACUUAUAACCAUUUAAUUGCCUAUUUUGUUGACACAAAAUAUAAAAUAUAAUUUUUAAAACGUUAUAAAAUAUAUCUAGCGUUAUUGUAAUUGAUUUUAGUAACUAAAGCUUUCUAGUUUCUAUCACUUGCCAAUAUUGUGAAGAGGAUUAAUUAGGAAAACUUAUUGUUUACAAGUUUCCGAAUUCUGACGAUAAAAUUCUAAUAAUCUAAUUACAUUUGGAUAUAUAUAGUUAUAUUCUUAAUUAUUAUAUAAACUUAUUUAUAUAAAGUAUCUCAAAAUUUGCAAAUAGACAAGUUUUUGACAAACUAAAUUCUAGAUGAUAAAAGUUCUUAUUAUAAUUCGCAAACAAUUGUAAGUGCAAUUGACGAAUAAGCGAUUGUUUGACUAUAAUUUGUGAUCAGUUCUCGAUUAUAUUUCAAACAUUGCGCUUUGAAAUAAAACAUGACAAAGAAAUUUUUAAUUAGUUCGUCCGAAAUAUUUCUUUUAUUGUAAGUAGUUUAGUCGCAAAUUUUGAGGUACUGCAUAUAUUACUUAUCUGUCAGUUUUCCUAGAGCAAGUUUAAUGUGUGAAAUAUUAGGGUGGCUUUUAUUUACUCACGGUGAACAUUUUUUUGAAGUUUUUUUUGUGACACUCUUGAGAAUGGUUCCAAUUACUAAAAAAAAAAAAAUGAUCUGUGAGAAAGUUCAAAUAAGGGGAAAAGGGUCGAAUAAGGGGAAAAGAAGUCUUUGAUUGAAUUUUUUCGAAAAUCGUACGAAAAAAAGUAAUAGAUGAUAAAAUGUACUUCUGACCUUUUGUUUAACGUAUUUCUCGAUAUAAUCAAUAAAUUGGGAGACGAUCGAUAUUUAAAUACAAUUCAUUAUGCAUUUAAAUAAUUUGUUGUGAGGGUGCCGCAAAAAAAAUUCGAAAGUCGAAAGUAAGAGCCAUUCUAAUGAAAUAUUUUUAUAUUUCAUGAUUUAGUAUUUAUUUUUUUUCAUACUGUAAUAUAACGCAUUAACUUAUAUAUAAUUCUGUUGGUAUCAAUAUUUAUAUACAGCUUCACACUCUUAGCUUGUUUAUGUGAUAGAAUUUAACACAUUUACCUAUGUACAUAUAAACACAGAUGUACUUCUAAUAAGCAAUGAGAGAACUUAUUUUAUUAAAUGCCGUCAACAUCUAUUGUUGUACUAAAAUUGUAUAAGUAAUCAACAGAUAUUUAUUUUGAUUGAUCUCUAAGUUACGUAUAAAUAGAAGAAAAUGAGUAACAAAUUUUAUUGCAAUUUUUAUUUGAAAUAAAUUUCCACAAAUACGACAGAGGCCUCCACACAUUAAACUUUCACAUAUUCGUCAUCUUUUUUAUUAUUAAAAACUUUUUCUCACAACUACGUUAAUAAAUGGUAGAUUUCAGAAUUUAAUUAUUGUGCUUGACAAACAAAUACAGCACAUUGUUGAAACAAAAAAGUUUAUUCUCAUGAAUUGCUUCUGUGUAUAAACAAACACUCUGUAUGAAAAAUGGGUAUUUUCAUAAAUGAGCUUUAAAAUAUAUAUUAUUCCUGAUAGAUAUGGUAACAUAUAUUUCUGGUUUAGAAUAUAUUUAAAAACAGUUUAAGAAAAUGUUUUCCUCCAAAUCUCUCACACAAGUUACAUCUUUAUAAUAUAGUACAUUUUUUCUUAGGACCUUUGUAAAUAUAAGAUAUAAGAGUGUGUCCUAUAAAUUUCCUAUUAUAUAUCAAUGUAAUAUCUAUUCCCCUACUUGGCAUUGUAUUCAAGAAGACAAAUAAAAUAUCUUAUAAAUUUAUUGUAUAUAUA